CCGCAAUCAUCGAUUCCGCCGUUUCGCUAGCAUGUAACUUACUAGGGAUCUGAGGUAUGAGUGUUUUUUGUUCCUCUUGAUUUUGAUUGUGGAAUUUAUUAGGGAAUUUUCUCAGUGAUGAUAGAAAAUGAUGACGAGUCUGAUCUCUUUAUCUAAUCCAUUCACCUUGAUGACAAAUCGAGGCAUUUGUCUGAGAGAAGAGUUCCCUCCUCUUGUUAUCGAUUUCUUCUAAUUUUUUGUGAAAAGCCCCUUUUUUUUUGGGGGUUUUAGGAUGAAUGAAUUCAGAUUUUAGCUUUGUAGAGGGUAAAUGCGGCAGUGAUAAGUCUGAUCUCCUUAUCUAAUCCAUUCACCUUGACGACGAAUCGAGGCAUUUGUCUGAGAGAAAAAUUCCCUCCGUCUGUUAUCAAUUUCUUGUAAUUUUUUUGUGAAAAUCCCCCCUUUUUUUUGGGUUUUAAGAUGAAUGAAUUCAGAUUUUAGCUUUGUAGAGGGUAAAUGCGGCAGUGAUGAGGAACAAUGACCUUUUAUUUUCUGAGGCAAAAAAUCCUAUGAUUGUCUCUCAAGCACUUUUGAGCCGCAUCCUAAUCCCCACUCGAUUUUGUUUUUCUUUCUUUCUUUCGGCAUCAAACAAAACAUUCUUCAUUCAUUUUCUAGACUGUUGUGAUUAAUGGUGCUUUCGGUUAAAUGUUAGUUUGGGGCUCUUUUUGAGAUUGAGCUGUUGGCUUCAAUCGCCUGUUCAUUGGGUUAUGCCCCUUCCCUUAUUUUCUGGCCUCUAGGCAAAAAAUUGCUUUUAGCUUU